AGCAGAGAAGGAGCUCAAGCAAGCAGCAAACAGCAGGCAGGAAUGUCUUCUCCCAGUAACGAGACCUGUUUUCAGUCUUACAGUAUAUUCCAUGGAAUACCAUAUAUCUUGUUCCCAGACAAUCCCUUCUCUCCCAUUAAUCCAAUCACAAGAACCAGGGAUGACAGAAUACAGCUGUGGAUCCAUCUGGGGCUAGUGGGGAUCUGUUUGAUACUCUCUCUCAUUAAUAUAAUACUCCAGUUCUUAAAGCCUAUACCAUAUGGGAGGCAUGAUAAAGAAAUUGGGAUAUUUCCACGCGUACCAGCAAGAAUCUCUUUUGCAAUAUCUCAGUUCAUUCCAGGCAUUCUAAUAUUCUCACUAACGUACUUCUUACAGAGAAACUUCAACCGUCCAUCAAACAUAGUAAUGUACUGUCUAUUCAUCAUACACUACAUCAAUAGGUCUAUUGUGGAUGGGAUAGCCUCCAGACAUGCAAAAAGGAAGGUCAGUCUGUGGAUACCAGUAGCAGCAACACUAGUUAAUACUAUCUUCCACUUCGUUAAUGCUCAGUUCCUUGGGGAGGCCCAGUAUUGCAAUGGGUACUACUUUGAUCCACGUUUCAUCAUCGGGUUAAUGUUUUUCAUUACUGGUUUCAUACUAAACCGAGUAGCAGAUGGACAGCUAAUAGCUCUGAGAUCUGACUAUAAAGAUGAUAGUUAUCAAAUACCAAAAGCAGCCACUUUCUAUCUGAUAUCCUGUCCUAACUACUUAGGAGAAGCUAUCGAGUGGUUUGGUUGGUCUAUUCUCACAUGGUCCCUCUCUGGUUUGGUUUGGUUCUUAUUUUCUCUGAGUACUUUCAUACCAAGAGCUAGACAGAAUCACAAAUGGUGCAAUCAUAAUUUGAAAGAUUAUCCAGAAAAGAGAAAAGCACUGGUGCCUUUCAUAUAUUAAAAUGUAACUAGUAUCAUUCUUAAAAUGACAGAAAAAAAGUAAAUUCUCUCCCUUUCUCUCUCUCUCCUAUUAUGUUUCCAAACAACAGUACAAAUAGUUCUUAAUCAUUAUUAUAAUCAUUAUUAUUGAUUAGACUGUA